AUGGGGUUCGAAGUGUUCGAAUCAUCAAAGUCUGCACAAUCAACGAGAAACACACCCGACAAACUCGAAAACAUGUCCAAGGCAUUGCCAAAAGGCUCCACAAUAUGCAACAGAAGAUUACUUGCUCUCAAUUGCAAAUUUAUGGAUCUGAGUAACACUCGGAUUCAAUUAUUGUUGCUGUCGUUAAAUGGUUGCUUCAUUGUUCGUCUUGUCGGUCUCAUUCCUGAUACAUGGGACUGGGUGAGGAUAGACUGUGGAUCAGACACAAGCUAUAAAGAUUCAAAUGGUGAUACUUGGGAUUCAGAUGAUGAUUACAUUAAAACUGGCGACAAUAAACAGGUCGCUUCGACCAGUUCUUCCGACAUCGAGCAACUGAAUACAUUACGUGUCUUCUCGGAACAAAACAAGAACUGCUACACUAUCCCUACACCAACAUCAACCAGAUACAUUAUGAGAGCUAUGUUCUGGUAUGGUAACUAUGAUGGCCAUUCUAAGCCACCGACUUUUGACCUUGAAUUCGAUGGGAACAAAUGGGCUACCGUUGUGACUAAUACUACUAGUUUCACGUAUUACGAAAUGAUUUAUGCAACCAAAGGGGACAGUAUUAGUAUUUGUCUAGCUCGAACUCAAGAUCAAGAGUUCCCUUUCAUUUCCAGGUUGGAAUCUUUGCCAUUGCCUGAUGAUAUGUAUCCCCAAAUGAGAAGGGAUAUGGCUUGGUUCAUCAGCUAUCGUUACAAUUACGGAGCCGAUGAUAGGAUACUUGGGUACCCUGAUGAUCAAUAUAACCGGAUAUGGGAGCCUCAGAUACCACCUGGCUUAGAUUCGUUAACCGCGAAUUUCACAUCCCUCGACGAAACAUCUGUUAAUGCCCCUCCUGAUUCUGCAAUAAUCAAAGCAGUUGAAGCAAGUGCUAUGGAUACAAUUAACUUAAGUUUUGGUUUUGACAACGUGAGCCACCUCGACCAUGUCGAAAUGUACUUCACCGAGCCAUUCUUGGAAACUAGUGAGACCAGAUCGUUCAACGUAACCGUGAAUAGAAGUUUCGUAAACACUACAAUCCCGGAAUACCAGAUCUGUACCAGUGUAUGGGCGAAUUUACAAUCCGUUGGCACUUUAGACAUUCAAUUAGUACCAACGGAGGAUUCCACAUUGGCACCAAUAAUAAGUGCCAUUGAAGUUUACACUGUUAGCCAACCUCUUGUCAUUGCAACUACAUCACAAAAUGACUAUAUCUUUCUGGUUUUGGUCUCCAAGGUUAUCUCCCAAAAUUCAGCCAAAUGGAUGCCCUUGAAAGAUUUGCAUAAUAACAAACUUUCAGGGGAAAUUCCAGAUUUUCUUGGAAAGUUACCGAACCUACGAGUACUUGACCUCCGAGACAAUGAUUUUUCUGGUUGUGUUCCACAAUCGAUAACCGAUAACAAGCAAAUCAAUUACAUGAUUGAUGAGAACGAAAACUCAAGCUGCCCGAAAAGUAAAAAUGCGGCGACGAUAGGCCACCGUGGAGUUCAUUCCGGCACCGGCACCGGUACCACAGGUUAUAGUGCAGCAGACAGUGGAGGUACAUCAAGUUGUAAGAAAUGAUUGAGUUGAGAUACCUUUAUCAAAAUCACUAAAAUGAUCCAAGGAUUUUAUUGAGACAAGCCUGAACCUUAUUUCCUGUUCCUG